ACAGAGUCAACAGGCUGUACGAGGAGCAGACGGAACGUCUGUAGGACUGGACAAAAACAAACCAGCGGGUCAACACACUGUGACCACGUACUCGACUUUACUUGAAAGACGUUUUAGAAUCAUUCUUUUAAUCAGCUGAUUUUUUUUUACAUUUAUUUUUAAUUUUUUAUCGACUUGGGAUGUAACUUUCAGUGUUGUUUCCUGCGCCCAAGCGGAGCUCUCUUUUCCCGGUCAGUUUUAUCUUGCGUUCGCUCACGUCUCCGAGGCGAAGUUGCUGCUUUUGAGGAGCGACAGGUUCGUCACAAUUACAUGACAUUGUAACACUUUUCUCACUCACCUUUCGACCAUGGCGGAAGCGCCUCAGCAGCCACACCUGGUGGAAAUCGACCCGGAUUUUGAACCGCUGUCGCGGCCCCGGUCGUGCACUUGGCCAUUGCCCCGGCCGGAGUUUAUCAACCCGGGCGACUCCAACACCUCUUCACCAGUCCCAUCUGUCAAGCAGGAACCCGCCAACAACACCGAGUUCAUCAACAACCUGAGCUUGCUGGAGGAGACCGAGGACUUCACAGAGCAGAAACCCAUCAUCCUGUGCACUGAUUUCCAGUGUCAGGAGAACUGCGUCCACCAGCAAGCUCCACAGCAGCAGCAGCAGCAACAUCAGCAGCAUCCGCAGCAGCAGCACCCGAACCCGCAACUCCCGCAUCAGCAGCAGCAGCAGGUGCCUCUGCUCUCCACCCCGGUCGGCUCGUCGUCCUCAGCGGCCGCGGCCGCCGCUGCUGCCGCUGCCCAGAGGAAGAGCAGCUCCUCCCGGCGAAACGCAUGGGGGAAUAUGUCAUAUGCAGACCUCAUAACCAAAGCUAUCGAAAGUUCUCCCGAGAACCGACUAACUCUCUCUCAGAUUUAUGACUGGAUGGUGAAGAGUGUGCCUUAUUUCAAGGACAAAGGAGACAGCAACAGCUCUGCAGGAUGGAAG